AUGGGGAACAGACGGCCCUCAAAUGGUUUGUCCAACGACAUGUGGAACGAGAUACGAGGUUUGCUCAAAGAGCAAAAUGAACGCCUCCGUAUCCAAAAUAGCCUGCUCCAGCAGCUUCUUCCUGAUGGGGAUAAAGCCACUGGGACGGGUACGAAUGAAUAUAAUCUCCCAGAUGGCGAUAAAAGGAACCAGUCCAUCGAGGAUGCGCCCCAGCUCGAUGGAAGGAACAAGUCACAACCCUCUCUGAAAUCCUGCCUGAAACGUGACGACAGUGACUCUGAGUUUCAAGGUCAAGGACAGACUCUUCUUUAUGCUGCAGAUGAAACGCUCAAGUAUCCUCGCGCCUACUAUUUCGUCGAUGAGGGGCAUCGACCCCGUCUCCACAGACUGUCAACAAUCUUGAGCGCUGACACCUCAUGGAAAUACUGGAAGCCUAUUGCCCCCGCAGGAAUAUCCCAUCCGGGGCAGUAUCAGUCCUAUCCCGGAGCAGGAUACCCUGACUAUAUUCCCGAAUGGGAGAUUAAGCGUACCAGCGAUGGAUGGUGCCAUAUCGAUGGUGKGAGAUUGGGAGACGAAGUUCAUGUUCCGUCCGACUGUCUUUACAGUGGAAAAGCACAAUUGGUUCCUUAUUCUCUCAAUUGUAGCACUUCCAUUCCAUCCAAAUGGGUACGUGAGUCAGGCUCAGAUUUUGAUGGUGGUUUUGGGAAGAACAUGGUCGACACGAUACAACUGCUAUUGACAUCACUGGGAAAUCUUUACGCUGUGCCAUGCGACGGCAGAGUGCAGUUCGUGUUUGAUCGAUGCCACCUGAGGAGUCUCAGCUCCUCUGGUCUGAGUUCGCACUUGGAGCAGCUCCAGUUAUUCUUUAAGACAUUAGAGGUAAGCAACGGUCGUGUUCAGAUUGUUGAUCUGGACGACUGGAUGCAGGCGGCCAUAUAUGAGCGGGUCACUGCAUACCCUGAAGAAUGGAAAGUAAUACUGAGGAGUAAGGAUCCAAGGAUUUUGGCCGUCCCUGCCUUGGAGGGAGACCUCCGCAAAGUCAACAUCCGACCAACGCGGUUUUACUACACGAGCGGAAACGGUAAGCCAACGGAGGUCAAGUGGAGGGAAACGGGCCAUUGGAAUCGCAUUAUUAGCUGCGUUGGCUUGAACGCUGUAGCGCCAUCGUUUGAGUAUGGAUUUGACGCGCUCUGUCAUCUACUCUUUCGGAGUUCUACUGGCGAAAAGUUUCAAUACGCCAAUCUAGUGCCAGGGAUUCUGAGGACACAUAUUUCCUGUGUUAAACGGAGGAGAUCGCGCAAUGACUCGGCUGAUGCGCCCGAGCCUUUCCACAUUACUUGGUGCCGAAUCGAUGACACAAAGCCGUCAAGUAAGUCGACAUGGAGGUCUGGAGAGCUGUACGGGUCAAAGGCCUCAAUAAGCAAGCUGUAUUUGUCCGAGGUCGCCUUCACAUUAGGAUUCAUACCAUCGCAACGGACCCUCUGGUCAAAUACUCAGACUGGAAAGACAGAGACUGUGGAUCGCAGUCAUUGGUGUCUUAUACAUCUAGCACCAUCGCACUUUUGCCGCUUAGAUGAUUCGAUUCACUGUCGCAGACAGGAUGACCCACGGACUGCCCCAUUCACCACAGCAAUCACUCUGAUAGAAGAGGCACUGCAGCACGCGGCCAACGAUUGGGACCGGAUUGCCAACCACUUUGACCUUGUUCUGAACCAGAACGAUAGCGUUUUCAAUCCUGAUCUUCACGAUCGCUUCCUGUUCGAUGAUGCUUCGUUUUCCCGAUCACGGUACUAUUUCUGGCUGAUGGACAGUCUAGAGGGCUUCACAUCCGCUGUAUCCGAUGCCAUUCAUGAGUGGGAGGUAUACUGGUGGGCCAGAAAGGACGUCUUUGAAGACUACGAGGCCUUCUAUCUGGACAAGUGGCAGAAAACCAAGGUUGAACUGGGAUCUCCCAAGCCCCCUCAAAAUCCCCCUCUACUGAAAGAUUCAGUCAAGAGGGUAGAAACGCACGUUGCACGGUUGAGAGAAAUAUUGAGCCGGUUCGAAACUUUGCGCGAUCGAACUAUGACCUUACGAGAUGGACUAUUCAAUGCAAGCGCUGUCAUCGAAUCGCGGGCUGCUACCCAGGUUGGUGAAAACGUCAAGCUGCUCACAUACGUGAGCAUAUUCUAUCUCCCACUAAGUUACUGCGCUGCUUUAUGGAGUAUUAACCGAGAUUUCAACCUACUGGCAUUCACCAUUGUUACUGCUCUUCUGGCUCUGGGCACGUAUGCUCUGGUGCUGAACCUAAACAAUAUUGUGUUUCUGAUCAGGAAGGCUUACCGAAAGCUGCGUACCCCUAUAUUGGAAGCGAUGAAAGAUGACCCGCAUGAACAAUGGGCCAAUUUGAGCAGCUCUUUCAGUGGAUUCAUGCCCGAGAGGCAUGGUGAUCAGCCCUCCGAGUGGACCGUUCUGCUGUACGCACUAUUGAGGGGUACAGAGAAGUUAAAAUUCUGGAAAAGAGUUCACUCCAAUCCGAUUAAUGAUGGGCUCAAACGAAAGUGA